AGAGAGAGAGAGAGAGAGGAGAGCUCCAUCAAAAUUGGGAAGAAACCAGAGUUCUGAGCUCUCAAGUGCAGCGGCUUGUGAAAUUUGGCUGAGUUAACUCAGUGAAUGGACAGGCUCUAACUCGCACUAUGCAGAGACCAGGGCCCAAUUGCAAGGCCUGCACAUAAUGAAGCCUGUCUGACUUAACUCCUGGCAAAGACUUGGCCUACCUUUGAAAUUCCAUGGCUUUCUCAAUUGUUAUUUGUUAGAAGGAAGCCACUGAGCUUUGACUUUGAACCCUUUCGGACCAAAUUAUUAAACUAUGAAGAGAAAAUGGAGGGAUCGCCAUCGAAUGAUGUUAUUCUUUACUUCAGAAUUCAGGGGGUUUUUCCAACAACGAAGCAAGGUAGUAUCCAUGUUCCCAGGCCAAUUUAAGCCAUGCAAUCUGCCGCAAAGUUCUUUGUUUCUCUGUAAAAAUGUGAAUUAUCCUGCUUUCCUAGACUUUGGCUUGCCCCUCAUGACGAUGAGACCAAGUAGAGGGUGAGAGUUUUCCACAAUGGCUGUGACAGAGUCAACUAGUUCAACUAACAAAUUCAGGGUUAUUUUUCAUCGACCCCACCUAUUAAAUGAACUGCUCAUCGCAUACUUAAAACCCACAUGAGAACAAAGAGCAGAAGGCACUCAUGUAUCAUGAAAAGACACAAGCUUUGUUGAAAAGUGAGAUCGACAUAAUUAAAAAACCACAAGACAUGGAGCCAGAGACAAAAGUUGCAGCUACCUGCAGACAUGAUGAGCCAAUCACCAACGAAGAUCCUCUAAGUCUAAGCCCGGCAUCCCGUCUGUUUCAUUCCCCGCAGUUCAACUGCUACAUCGUUAUAGUCAUGGGUUUCCAGACAGGAAUCAAUCCAGACGUUGUUAAAGCUGGUUUAAAGGAAACCUUGUAUCAUCAUCCUCGCUUCUCUAGCAAGCUGGAGAACAAGGAUAGCAAAGGUGGAAAGAAGAGAUGGAUCCGAGUAUCGGUAAAUGAAGAAGACCAUGUUUUUGUUCCAAACUUGGAUUCAAAUACAGACCAUCCUGAUCAAUUUGUAGAAGACUACAUUUCAAACCUUACCACAGCACCUCUUGACCUUUCCAAGCCAUUAUGGGAGGUACAUCUCCUCAAUGUUAAAACCUCGUAUGCAGAAGCUGUUGCAGUGUUUCGGCUUCACCAUUCAAUGGGUGAUGGUGCAUCUCUCAUGUCACUUCUUCUAGCGUGUACUAGAAAAACAUCUGACCCAGAUGCAUUGCCUACUGUUCCCACCAAGACUCGGGCGGAUUCUUCAAGUAAUUCGAGCUGGUUCUGGUGGUUCAUAUUGGCUAUUUGGUCUGGAAUAACACUGAUAUGGAACACUUUAGUGGAUAUGAUGCUGUUUAUAGCAACACUUGUAUUUUUGCAAGACACAAAAACUCCUAUCAAAGGUGCCCCUGGUGUUGAGCUCACUGCCAAGCGCUUCGUGCAUCGGACAGUCAGUUUGGAUCACAUAAAGCAAGUGAAGAACGCAAUGGGGAUGACUAUCAAUGAUGUUGUAUUCGGAGUGACACAAGCGGGUCUCUCGCAGUAUCUGAUCCGCAGAUAUGCAGGCCAAAAUGAGAAAGAUGAGGGAUCAAAGCAGAAGAGGAGUAAUCUUCCGAAAAACAUCCGCCUGAGAGCAAAUGUUCUCUCUAAUUUAAGACCAACUGUUGGAAUCCAGGCUCUGGCUGAUAUGAUGGCUAGGAAGUCCAAGGCUAGGUGGGGUAAUAGGUUCGGAUAUAUUCUUAUCCCCUUCACCAUUGCCCUACAAGAUGGUCCACUGGAUUAUGUUCUUCAAGCCAAAGCCGUCAUUGAUCGAAAAAAGCACUCACUUGAAGCUUUCUGCACAUACUUAAUUGCCAACGUUUUAAUCAAAAUUAUAGGAGCUAAGGCUGCUGGAGCUAUAGCGCACAGAGUUAUUUCUCAUUCCACACUAUCAUUCUCAAACUUGGUUGGUCCCCUUGAAGAAAUUAGCUUUUACGGCCAUCCAAUAACUUUCAUGGCUCCUUACGUUUACGGACAUCCUCAUGCAUUGCAUUUGCAUUUCCAAAGCUACGUUGAUAAAAUGACGAUUUGCUUAACCAUCGACCCGGACGUAAUACCCGACCCUAAUAAGUUGUUGGAUGAUUUAGAGGAAUCUCUCAAACUCAUCUGUGAUGCUGUUUUAGACAGAGGGCUCACCAAGGAAGAAGUUGUCUAGGCUGAACUAGUAUGCUGUAUCUCGAUAGAGAAUAGAUGAUCUAAGCUUCUAUUAUGCGCAUGCCCAAGUAUUGGUUUUUUGGAGUUGUUCUGGACCUAAGUGGAAACACAGCUCAAACAGCUGCAUGUGCUGCUGCAAACUCGUGAUUCUUCUUGCUAUUGUGGACUAGGUAGUUGGUUCAACUUAGCUGUGAUGUUUGUCUUUUAGGUAGUUAAUUGAAGCUGUCAUUUUCUUGUAGGGUAAGCUUUGGUAAUGUACUGAAAGAGAGCUUUGCUCAGUUAUGUAAAAUGUUGUUUGAAAUGUGAAAGUAAUUUUCAAGAACACUCCAACUCAA